AUGCAGACUUACACACAAAAGAUCACUUUCACUAACAGCCUUGGGGCUGUGGUUGAUGCGACAAUUCGGCCUGGCAGCCCUGAACGGUAUGAAGUGACCCCUAGUGAAUUGAGUCUGAAGCCAGGCGAUAGCGUGGAGGUAACAGUCAAGCUCAGAAUUCUGAAAUUUGCCCAGAAGAGCAAGGCAUCUGAGCAGGGACAGAGAGACAUAUUUCACAUCAAGUCCAAAUACUUUGAGCAAAAGUACUAUGCUACAUUCUUUCUUCAUCCUGAUGAGACGAAGGCUGGGCAAGGAACAAGCCAGGGUGUCAGUGCUGCAAAAUCUGGCGUUCGUCACAUGCACACCAAACCUGCCGAUGAAGAAGCGUCACCAAGAAAGGGAAGAGGCUCCAUGUAA